AUGCCCCUGGACUUAGGCCUGCGCCUUCAGAUCCCGGAGGAGAUGGACUAUACAAAAGUUGGCGUGGUAGCCACCAUCCUCCAAGUCCUGGAGGGAUUUCCGGCGCAAACACGGGCCGUUGAGUGCGAUUGGUAUCUCCAGGUCUUACGAGAGAUGCUCCCCAGGGUCCUUGGUAUUGUCCGCAAGGGAUCAUUCCCGGUCCUGAGGCCCGUCCUUCAGUUCCAGGCGGAAAAUAAACCCCGGGUACAAGAUGUCCCCUAUGUGGUGGAGGGUGUCUAG